CAAUGGCGUUCCCCUCCAUCCGUCCAACGAGGGCCUCCCUCGUCCUCACCAUCACCCGCUCAUGCCGCCAACGCUUCAUGUCCGCCGUUUGCAAAGAAACCUCUUUCGCUCUCCCUCGACCACCCCCUCCCGUCCCAAAGCGAGUUCCUUUCGCCGUCUCUGCCCACGGUCGGACGUGGCAAGACCCUUUUCAUUGGAUGUCCGACGUCGACGACCCCGAGUUCGUCGAGCACCUCCGCCGAGAGAACUCCUACGCUCAAGCUUUCAUGGCCGACACGAGGGAGCUUCAGACCCAGCUGGUUUCCGAAAUGAAGAGUCGAGUCCCCGCUGAUAUUCGUACUCCGCCGGAGCGAUGGGGUCCCUGGCUAUAUUACCAAUUCAUACCCGAAGGGAAGGAGUUUCCAGUGUUAUGUAGGAGGCUGGAAGCUGAAAAAGGUUGGGCAGAAGCAAUUCUUAGCUAUGUGAGAGGACAACAAGGAAGAGAGCAGGUCCUACUUGACUGGAAUGAAAUAGCAGAGCGACAUGGUUAUGUCCAUGUGGGUAUGUGUCGAGUUUCCCCGGACCAUAGGUUUCUCGCUUAUACCGUUGACACAAAUGCAAGUGAGUGGUUUAAGCUUCAAGUCAAGGACAUUGAAAGGGGAUGUAUGCUUCCAAAUAUUCAAGUUGAAGGGGUUGUUAGCGUGGCGUGGGCUAAGGAUGGCUCCACUCUCUUCUAUACUCUAUCCGACGAGCAUCAACGACCUUAUAGGAUCCUCUGCACUAAAUUAAGAUCAAGUAAUCUGGAGAACGCAGUGAUUUUCACAGAAAGAGAUUCCAAAUACUGUGUGGACAUCACAGGAACGAAAGAUGGCAAGUUUAUAACUCUUAAUUCAAGCUCAAGGAAUUCAUCUGAGGUUUAUGUGAUAGAUGCUGAGAACCCUCUUGGUGGCUUGAGAAGAAUAUGUAAGCGUGUAUCUGAUGUGAGGUUCUUCGUGGAGCAUCACUGUGGUUCUUUCUAUAUUCUCACAAAUGCCCCUCUAUGUGAAUGUGUGGAAUGGAAUGGUCAUGGUUAUUACUUGGCAAGAUCAAUGGUUGAGGAUCCAGAGCUGGGAAAGUUUCAGAAUGUCAUCCUUCCUGGCGCAAGUAUGACUAUAGAAGACAUGGAUGUUUUCAAUGGACAUCUGGUGCUUUCCAUUGAUAAGCAGGGUGAACCUAUGUUAUGCUCCAUCAAUUUACCCAUCAAUGUUAAUUCUGAGCAUGCAGUGACCCUUGAGCAUCUAAACCCGUGGUUUUUUCCUGUCCCUUCAAAUUUCUGCAGCAUUCUUCCUGGUUCCAACCAUGACUUUACGAGUCAAGCAUACCGUGCCGUGCUAUCUUCUCCUGUGAUGCCUGAUGUAGUUGUUGAGUAUGAUAUGUCAAGACGUACUUUCUCCACCAUCCAACAGGAGGAAGUGAGGUGUGUUUCAGCUGACAUUGGAUCGUCUACCACAGACUAUGUCAAAAACUUUGUCAGCCCUAUAAAUGUAGAGAACAUGAAGGGGGAACCCGACGAGAACAGUGCAAUGCAAGGUUGGAAGGACUUCUCAGAUGUGUACUGCUGUGAAAGGAAGGAUGUUAUUUCCCAUGAUGGUGUCAGGAUUCCUCUGACCAUUCUUUACUCUAAAACAUUGUGGCAGAAGGGAAAGUGUCCAGGCCUUUUGCAUGGAUAUGGAGCAUACGGUGAAGUUCUAGACAUAAGCUGGUGUCCAAAUCGUCUGAGUCUACUCAACCGCGGUUGGGUUGUUGCUUUUGCUGAUGCGAGCAGAGGCGGUGGUGGUGUUAAUUCCAUGUGGCAUACUUCUGGCCGUGGGGCAUACAAGCAGAACUCUAUCCAUGACUUUGCAUCAUGUGCUAAGUACCUUGUUCAUGAGGGUUAUGUUCGUGAUGAUCAGCUUUGUUCUAUGGGACAUAGCGCGGGCUGUCUUCUUGUGGGGGCUGCUAUAAAUAUGUAUCCAGGUCUCUUUCAUGCUGCAAUUAUGAAGGUACCUUUUCUUGAUAUAUGCAAUACAUUGUCGGAUCCUACUAUGCCGCUUUCCAUAUUGGACCAUGAAGAGUUCGGAGAUCCUCGUAUCUUGCCGCAAUUUGAAUCCAUCAUGAGUUAUGCGCCUUAUGAUAACAUUCGGGAAGGGGGAUGUCAUCCAUCAACCCUUGUUUCAGCGUCAUUUCUUGACUCAAGGGUUGGAGUGUGGGAAGCUGCAAAGUGGGUGGCUAAAGUGAGAGAAGUUGGGUGCACCCGCUGUUCACAUUCGGUAAUAUUGAGAACAAAUAUGAGUGCGGGACAUUUUGGUGAAGGGGGACACUAUAGGCAUCUCAAGGAAACGGCUUUUGACUAUGCGUUUCUGAUGAAAGUUACUGGGGCUUUCAACAAGUGAUGUUGUAUGGCUUGAAAAGUCAAUUUUAUUGGUGAGUAAAAACAAUGUGUUCAGGUUUGUGCUCAACUAACAAAUUCCUGCUCGACGCUCUUCCUCCAUUUAUCACUCACGUUAAGGGACUGUUGCGUGCUAUUACAGGGCUUUGGCUAGGGUAAGCUAUCCUCUCCUAAUAGUUCUGUACGUGAAGACACCCGGGAAUUCCAGUCCCCUUCCCGAGCUUCAGCACAUAGGGCUGCUUGAUAUGCAGUCACCCGGAACUUCUGAGCAGUUGCCCGCCCUUCAUGUACUGGGAAGUAGGAUUGCCAUCUUUGCACGCUUAUCGAAUCUUCAAAGCCUGCUGCCUUUUACGUAUUAAUUUCUAUGCAGGAUUACAGGCCUCAAAUCUCAGACCCAUUAUUGGUCGGAACUUUGUUCCGAGUCUGUUACAUAAUUUACGCAGCUAGUCCUACAUGUACUAUGCAUCCAUCAACUUUUGGCCCGGGGAA